ACCCAGCAGCUGCAGGCUCAUUAGAGCAUGUCCCCUUUAAUCCAGGCAGUGCUGAGCCAGGCCUUCCAGUCCACACACUGAGCUAGCCAGCUGUCCCACUCUGCUUGAAAAUGGCGGGGGAGGAAGAGGGUGGUGUGGAGGAGGGAGACAUAUUCCUAGCAUUUGCCCAGGGCCCCACUCCUCCUCGGGGGCCCUUUCGGCGGGCUUUGGACAAAAUCUUCCUCACCUUCUUGGUCCUCUUCCUGACCCUGCUGAUGCUGGAGGCUGCUUACAAACUGCUGUGGCCACUGCCAUGGGCCAAGUUUCAGCACUGGCUCCUGAGGACCCCUGAGGAGGAGGCAGCUCUGGAACUGUGAGCAUCUUCUUAUAGACAACCUGUCCUGGCUACUGAGCUGUCCAGGAGGAAGAGACACCCCGCGGGAUUUUACGAGCCGCAUUUCGUUUCCCAGCGCUCCCAGCGGCAGCUUGCACGGCUUCUCCCCAAGCCCGCGCCAGGUUACCCCGCGCUCCACCUCCUGCCCUGCAAACCCCCGCCGUGAAGCACUGCCUUCUGUACUGUCAGGACGACCCUCGGAGAAACUGAGGGCCCACGGUUCCCACCAGGGUCCUCGGUCAUUACGUCAGUGGUGCAGACUGAGCUGCCAGUCGCCGACUGCAAUAAUAACAAUAUCUCAAGCGAGCAGCAUGCUGAGUUCAAUUGUAUGCAUGUGUGUGCAUGCGUGUGUGCACCUGACCCAGGAGGCCGGGGCUGGACAGCCUCGAGGGGCGCGUCGCCUCCAGGCGGUGGAACACGGGGCUCGAGGGAGAGCAACGUAGGGGAGUUCCAGGCUUACACCAACCCAGGACAGGAAAAGAAAAUAUUUUAUUUCUUUCCCUGGAGCUCUGCACAGCCAUAGAAACGCUAGCUCCUUAGGUACCUGGUUGGGGUUCCUUCCACCCGAUGGCGUGGGGUGGUGGAGGCAGGUCUGAGGCAGGAAGUUUCUGAUUGGCCGAGUGGCUCCGGCAAGAGCCGGUGCAAAGAGCUCCACGCCUGGCCGAGCAGGCCGGUGCCGUACGGCAACGUGGCG